CGUAUCAUUUUUAAAAUGAAGAUUUUAGUAAAGAUAUUUAUUAUUUCAACUAUUGUUACAUUGAGUAAAAGUUGUGCUGUUUUAUAUACAAAUAGAGUUGAAAAACAAAGUAACAAUGUUAAUUUAUCAGCAUGGACAGUGCUGAUAAAUAAAAAUUCAUUGUUUAUCAAAACUUUGGAACCAUCGUAUUGGGAUUAUGGAUCUCUCGUCCAUCCUCAAGCUGUUCUUACAUUAAAUACAUCUAUAUUAAAUAAACCUAAAACAAAGUACACGUGUAUCGGGGGUUGUUGGAUAUUUCACCCCGCUUGGAAUGUAAAUAUAAAUAAUUGUCAAGUUCGUAAAUUUUCUAAAAUAAUCAAUGGACGGAUUAAUGAUACAUCUCAAGCAAACAGCGAAUAUAAUACCUAUGCUAUUAUAAUUCUCAAAAGUCCGUUUUAUUUAAAUGACCAAAUAAGUGUAAUCAAUUUAGCCAAAAGCGAUAAUGUAAAUGAUUAUAGCAAUUGUUAUUUCUAUGCUAUAACAAAAUUAAUCAUAAAUGAAAAUAAUUUUAAGAAGGAUAAAAUGACGCUGAUGGCUCCGUAUAAAGCACAACUGAUUAAUGACUCUGCACGUAUAUUCAAAUAUGAUGGUGUUAAUUAUACGCACGUUGCAGAAAAUAGUCUAGAUAUCAAAGAGAGUAAAGUGAUAUUUGUGGCAAAUUAUCGAGCCAGUCCAUUGGUGUGUCAACUCAAUAAUUCUGAUAAUUAUGCACAUAUUGGAUUUUUCAAUAUUUAUAUAGAUACUACUAAACCGUUUAACGAACAAAGAUGGGAAUCUUUUAUCAAUAUUACUUCUGCUCAUGAUGAAAUAUAUAAUAUAUUGACUAAGAACUUUAUUCCUGCUCCAAAAGGAUAGGAUAUACUAGUAAUAAUGAUAAAGACCUCAUUAUAAAAAAAUAAAAAAAUUAUUUCUUAUAUGAAUAUUAUAUUUUUUUUGCAAUCUGAUAUAAAUAAGCAUAAUCAUUUGUAAGCGAUAAUGUACUCUUACUAAUA